AUGUAUGUAUCUGUUUGUCUGUUCAUAUAUCUAUCUAUCUAUCUAUCUAUCUAUCUAUCUAUCUAUAUGCAUGUUCAUCACCAUCUAUCGUUCUAUGCAUGUAUCUGUGUAUGUAUCUGUUUGUCUAUUCAUAUCUAUCUAUCUAUCUAUCUAUCUAUCUAUCUAUCUAUCUAUAUGCAUGUUCAUCACCAUCUAUCGUUUAUGCAUCUAUCUGUAUGUAUCUGUUUGUCCAUUUAUAUCUAUCUAUCUAUCUAUCUAUCUAUCUAUCUAUCUAUCUAUAUGCAUGUUCAUAAACAUCUAUCGUUCUAUGCAUAUAUCUAUGUAUGUAUCUGUUUGUCUGUUCAUAUCUAUCUAUCUAUCUAUCUAUCUAUCUAUCUAUGCAUGUUCAUCACCAUCUAUCGUUCUAUGCAUGUAUUCAUAAUCUGUUUGUCCAUAUCUAUCUAUCUAUCUAUCUAUCUAUCUAUCUAUCUAUCUAUCUAUAUGCAUGUUCAUCACCAUCUAUCGUUUUCUGUUCUAUGUAUGUAUCUGUUUGUCUAUUUAUAUCUAUCUAUCUAUCUAUCUAUCUAUCUAUCUAUAUGCAUGUUCAUAACCAUCUAUCGUUCUAUGCAUAUAUCUAUGUAUGUAUCUGUUUGUCUGUUCAUAUCUAUCUAUCUAUCUAUCUAUCUAUCUAUCUAUCUAUAUGCAUGUUCAUAA